AUGUGGUUUUGGACUAAAAUUGUCAUUCAUUCCAGGAAUAGACCAGAGGGUAAAGUUUUGGAAACAGUAGGAGUUUUUGAAGUGCCAAAACAGCAGGGAAAAUAUGAAACAGGCCAGCUUUUCCUUCACAGUGUCUUUGGAUACAGAGGCAUCGUUCUGUUUCCAUGGCAAGCAAGACUUUACGAUCGAGAUGUUGCUUCUCCUGUUUCAGAAAAGGCAGAGUCUUCAGCAGCUCAUGGAUCUAAAGAGGUUAAGGGCAAAACUCAUACCUACUAUCAAGUACUAAUAGAUGCCAGAGACUGCCCCCAUAUAUCACAGAGGUCACAGACAGAAGCAGUGACGUUUCUUGCAAAUCAUGACGAUAGCAGAGCUUUGUAUGCAAUUCCUGGAUUAGAUUAUGUAAGUCAUGAAGACAUACUUCCAUACAACUCUACUGAUCAAGUACCCAUACAGCACGAACUGUUUGAGAGAUUCCUGAGUUAUGAUCAAACCAAAGUGCCACCAUUUGUAGCGCGGGAAACGUUGCGUGCUUGGCAGGAAAAGAAUCAUCCUUGGCUGGAGCUCUCAGAUGUACACAGGGAGACAACUGAGCAUAUUCGGGUCACUGUGAUCCCCUUCUACAUGGGGAUGAGGGAAGCCCAAAACUCACAUGUUUAUUGGUGGCGUUACUGCAUCCGCCUUGAGAAUCUUGGAGUAGAAGUUGUUCAGCUAAGAGAACGUCAUUGGCGGAUUUUCAGUCUCUCUGGAACUCUAGAAACUGUGAGAGGUCGAGGCGUUGUUGGCAGGGAGCCUGUUCUGUCUAAGGAGCAGCCAGCUUUUCAGUACAGUAGUCAUGUGUCUCUACAGGCCUCCAGCGGCCAUAUGUGGGGAACCUUCCGCUUUGAGCGACCUGAUGGAUCACACUUUGAUGUCAGGAUUCCUCCUUUCUCUCUGGAGAGUAACAAGGAUGAAAAGACGCCCCCAUCUGGUCUUCAUUGGUAG